AACGACACGCAUGACUCCAGGCUCCUGUUUAAAGUCUUUCCGGAGUGCUCGCUCUGCGCAUGCGCAUCAAAUAAUCCUGCUCAGCUCCAUCAUGGCGGCGAGGGGCCAUGUGCAAGACCCUAACGACAGAAGACUGCGACCCAUUUACGAUUACCUGGACAAUGGCAAUAACAAGAUGGCAAUCCAGCAGGCUGACAAACUGCUUAAGAAGCACAAAGAUCUUCACUGUGCGAAGGUCUUGAAGGCGAUUGGUCUGCAGCGCACCGGCAAACAGGAUGAAGCCUUCACACUGGCACAGGAAGUGGCCGUUCUCGAACCCACAGAUGACAACUCUCUGCAGGCACUGACUAUCCUCUACAGAGAAAUGCAUCGGCCCGAAUUAGUGACCAAGCUUUACGAAGCCGCUGUCCGGAAGGUUCCAACGAGCGAGGAGUACCACUCUCACCUCUUCAUGGCCUACGCUCGGGUCGGAGAGUACAAGAAAAUGCAGCAGGCUGGAAUGGCGCUGUAUAAAAUCGUCCCCAAAAACCCGUAUUACUUCUGGUCGGUCAUGAGCUUGGUGAUGCAGGCCAUCUCGGCACAAGAUGAAAAGCUCUCUCACACCAUGUUCCUGCCGUUAGCUGAACGUAUGGUGGAGAAAAUGGUUAAGGAGGAGAAAAUCGAGGCAGAAGCUGAGGUCCAGCUGUACUUCAUGAUCUUGGAGCGUUUGGGGAAAUAUGUGGAGGCGCUGGAGGUGGUUCAGGGGCCACUCGGAGAGAAGCUGACCAGUGAACUGCAGAGCCGUGAGAACAAAUGCAUGAUGCUGUAUCGCCGUCUGGAGCACUGGGCUGAGUGCAACGCUCUGUCCUGCAAGCUGCUCCUGAAAAACCCUGAUGACUGGCAGUUCUACUUGCUAUAUUUUGACUCUUUGUUCCACCUCAUUGAUCAGAGCUGGACGCCUCCACAGGAAGGAGCUCAUUGUGCAGAAGGGGAGGUGCACGCCUCCGUAGCUCAGUCCAUCAGCUUCAUGGAGGAGCGACUGGCCACAGAAGAUGCAAAGGAGUCGAAGCAUCUGAGAGGACCGUACCUGGCCCGUCUGGAGCUCAUCAGACGGCUCAGAGAGCGGAGCUGUCCUGAAGCACAACAGCUAGGUGAACCUCUUGAGCUCAUGUUCCAGUUUUUUGUGAAGUUUGGAGACAAGCCAUGUUGCAUCACGGACCUGAAGAUCUUUCUGGAUCUACUCGCACCUGACCAACAUGUGCAGUUCAUCAACAGGCUAAUGGAGGCCGUGCCGCUGGCUGCUCCAGGGGAGGAUGGUGUUGCCCUCCCGGGGGACACGCGGGCUCUGCAGAGACAUUUGUGUGUGACGCAGCUCAGCCGAUGUCUGGGUCUACAGCAUGCACUCAACACCGAGGGCAAACAGGGCCUCAUCAAAGAGCUGAAGGUGCAUUACCGGCACGGCUUACAGUUCGGGAAGUCCUGUUUAAAAACAGAGCUCCAGUUCUCAGAUAUGUACUGUCUCAUGGCGGCUCAUGUCUAUAUCGACCUGUGGAUGGAGACGGGUGAUCAGAACAUGUUGUGGCAGUGUCUGGGGAUGUUAGAAGAAGGUCUUUCCCACAGUUCCUCCAACGCUCAGUUCAAACUGCUGCUUUUGCUUCUGUACUGCCGUCUGGGGGCUUUUGAGCCGGUGGUAGAUCUUUACUCCGGCCUGGACGCCAAACACGUCCAGCACGACACCAUAGGGUAUUUAUUGACCCGCUAUGCAGAGUCUUUGGGCCAGUUUGCUGCUGCUUCCCAGUCUUGUAACUUCUCCCUCAGGUUUUUUCACUCAAACCAGAAAGAUACCUCAGAAUACAUUAUUCAAGCAUAUAAGUAUGGUGCUUUUGAGAAAAUCCCUGAGUUCAUCGCCUUCAGGAACCGACUCAAUCACUCGCUGCACUUUGCCCAGGUGCGCACAGAGAGGAUGCUGCUGGACCUCUUCCUGGAAGCUGACAUAUCAUCUCCUCUAGAAGAGAGCGUAAAAUCAAUGUCUCUAUGUCCGGAAGAGGACGACAUCCCGUGGGACACCUUAAGGGACAACCGUGACCUGACUGUCCUCGUCAGCUGGAACCCUAAAGAACGGCAGCUGACCGAGGAGCACAAGCAGCGCUCUUUAGAGGACGAGACCCUGUGGCUGAGGUUGCGGUCGCUUACUCUGCGGCUGAUUGGCUGCGUCUCCACGAUGACUCACCCGCCGGCACCACGUAACUCUGAGAAAACGACUGAAAACGGAGUGGCAGCCAAACCGUCUUCUCUACUGUCGCUGCUCUCCCAGCUUGAAAACACGCUAAACCAGGCCACACAGUUCACGGAAAAACAGCUGCAGCAUCAGUACCCAUUUCUGGGUCCCGUGUCGUCUCGGCUGGCUCAGGCUCUGUCCAGCGGUUGCUGUCAGUGUCAGCUCUCCUCUCUACAGCUCCCUCUGCACCUCCAGGAGCUCGAGACCACCGGGCUGGAUGAAUCAACAGAGCUUCAGACACAAAUAUCAAAUCUUUUCAAGUCUUUAGCAGUACAACUUCAAGAUAUGUUGGAAAAAUGUAAAGGUGAUCUAUUAGAAGUUAAAGAUGGUCAAAGCAAGACACAACCCUUUUUACUGGAGAAUCUAGUCUACUUUGUUGAAACCGUUUGUAUUGUCUUAUGGGUGUCUAAUUACUGUGGAAGUGUCCUCCGGCCCUUAAAGUCCAGUUUACAGAAGAAGAAGAAAAAGAAAAAAGAAGUCAGCGCUGUAACGCCGGCGGUGAUCUCGGCCUUCCAGGAGUUCAGCGGUAGCUUGCAGAGUCUCCUCAACCAGGCCCUGGAGCACAUCAAGAGCCAGGAGACCAGCCUGACGGCCCUGAAGCUGGGAGCCCUCAGUCUCGAGGGACAAACUCAGUCUGAGGCGGAAGGGACCUUCACGAAGACCGGCAUGGAUAAGGUGCAGAGCAGCUACCUGCGUUCGCUGCAGGAGAUCGGGGAACUGUUGAAGAAGAGAGCGGACACAUUGAAAUCCCUCAAAAUCUGAGCGCUCCAUCGAUCCUUCAUCCGAUCCGGUCCCUGACCCGCACGGCUCCACGCGACGGCGUCCUCGGUCCCUAACUCAGUCUGUGAACUCAGCUGGUGGAGAUCUCCCUCUCUUCCUUGUCUCCUCUUCCUAAUUAUCCGUCUCAUUACUCACGUACAGAUACAGGCACACUGUAAAGUUCAACAACGGCUUCAGCACAAGCAUCUGCGGUGCUCCGAGAAGCACUUUUAAGUGGAAACGUAACUUCAUAUCCCUAGCAAAACUACAUAGGCAAAUGAAUAAGCAAUUUUAGAAAUACUGCUAUAAAUUAUUGUACAUAGUGUGAAGAUAAAGAAUAUCAACCAGAACUCCUUGGCGAAUUAAAGUGAACUGCUUUGUCCUUUUGUCGAUGUCUUGCGUUAUUGUCUCUCUCACUUCCCAGCCGUAGACCUCGCGAAACCCCUCAUGACGAUUCGUAUUCACCUUACCGGUGCCACUUCGUAUCGUAAAGAAGCCACCUUCCAGACGGACACGCUCUGCCACGCGUUUACGUAGCCGUUCGCGAUGCACAGCCAGCCAAGAGCUAAAUUCGUCCCGAGGAGAUUUUGCGCAAACUUUCAGUGGGGUGGUGCGAGUAUCCGGAUGCUUUGAACGAAUGUUUUGGGUGCUUCUAUUACGAUAUUUCUUUGUAUAUUACAAAUGACUUUACUUGAGCCACAAGCGUUCGAAAUGUAGCUUUCCCGACCGUUUGUUCGGAAGCAAAUACAUCAUUGAGUGCUACUUGAAAGACAUGGUGAGGUUUGGGAAAGUUUGUGUACGUUUGUUAAAAUUUGAUUUAUCAAUCAUGUUCGGAACUAAUUUUAGUGGUGGAUGAAUGGUUUUGUCGUUGUCUGGGCCGAGUUGUUUACUUUGAACUCUAAAAAAAUUUGUUGAUUGCACUGAUGAUGUCCCUUCAAUGAUGAGGUUUUAUUAUUGUUGCAUACCAAAAACGUCUAAAUUAGCCUUGCGUUAACGUCGCAGUAGAGACUAAAGUAGGUUUUUAUACGACUGAUUUGUUGAUGUCUACCGGGAAGUGCAACUUGUUUACAAUGUUUCCGAGCGCCAUUAUGAAUCAUGUUUAUAGCGUGUUAUACGGUGUGCUGCAAUCUACGAGCUUUCACUGCUUUAUACUUGCUCGGGGAGGGAGAUGCUUUUCUCUUUUGUCAAGCUUUUUUAUUUUAAUCCAACACAACGGGAUACGGGACAAGUUGUGCAGCGAGCGGCUCUUCCGUCGCUCCGGGACUGAAGGGCUCAUUUCGCGUCCUCACCAUCACAGAGCACGAGGACGACAAGCGCUUCUGAACUGAGGAGGUCGUUUAGAGAUGUCAAGUGUGUCGGCUGAUGAAUUCUUUUGUUAGGGAAAUUGAGAAAAUACAAACAAAAACACUGGAAUGUGAAAAGGAGUUUUUUUUUUUUUUUUAAAUAAAAAGUAAAUGUUCCACA